GUAAAAAUAAUAACCAAUUUUAUAUUGCGUGAAUGGAUCAAGUUUACCACCAAUUUCAUUAGACCUGCACGGAAAUUCUCCAGGUCAGAAAUGCAUGAAAUUGCUCUCGUCAAGCGUGGACAGCAACAGAAUCUCUUUGCACUCAAACUAGCUUUUUUUCCCCCUUUUUUUUUUGAAAGACAACACGCUCAAAGGUGAAUUGUGUUUGUGGUCAUGUGGACAUUGUUGAUUCCACGGAGGGGCUUUUUAGCAGUUCCAGAUAAAGCUCUAUUAUCAUCUGGCACUGACACAGCACAUCCAGCACACAAACCUGCAGUUUACCUGCGCGUUCUGUGUCACGCAACACACGGAUCCCACCCUUGCCGGAGGUUGCUCACGCAUGUGCUCAAAGUGGAGCGGAAAUAAUCGUCCACGUAAUGAAGACUGGGGGUCUGCUGUGCGCGGUGGGUCUGUGUGCGUUAAACGCAGCGUUUUCGAUGAAGAUCUGCGCUUUUAAUGUUCAGAGCUUUGGAGAAUCUAAGGCGAACAACAAGAAAGUGAUGGGGAUUCUACUGAAGAUUCUUUCCCGAUGCGACCUGUGUCUCAUUCAGGAGGUCCGCGACUCUAAAGGACGAGCAAUACAAACCUUGUUGAAAGAUCUUAACAGGUUUGACAAAUCCAACUCGUAUUCCUACGUAGAAAGUGAGAGACUGGGAAGGAAACGCUACAAGGAACAGUACGUCUACAUUUACAGAAACAACAUGCUGAAGGUGAAGGAGCAGUAUCAGUAUUCUAAGCUCAAGGCGCAGGGCGCCAAUGACACAGAUGUCUUCUCCAGAGAGCCUUUCAUUGUUCGCUUUCACUCCCCGACCACUCUCAUGAAGGAUCUGGUCCUCAUUGGCCAGCACACCAGUCCCAAACGUGCCAUGAAGGAGAUGGAUGAGCUGUAUAUUGUGUUCACAGAAAUCAACCGGAAGUGGAGGACAGAGAAUGUGAUGAUCUUGGGCGACCUGAACGCCGCCUGCGGCUACGUCACCAUCAAGGGAUGGCGAGCUGUUCGCCUGAGAAGCGACCCCAAAUUUCGGUGGCUGAUCAGAGAUGAGCAGGACACGACCGUACGGGAGAAGACGCAUUGUGCAUAUGACAGAAUCAUCGUCCAUGGGCGUGAAAUUUUUUCCACCAUAGUGCCUGGCUCUGCUCAGCCAUUCAACUUCAAAGAGAUUUUCCAUCUGACAGAGGAGGAGGCCCUUGCGGUGAGUGACCAUUUCCCCGUCGAGGUCGACCUGAAACCGAACCACCAUUACCUCCUGCGCAGUGAGCUCUAGACCGAGAGCUACUUGGGAUGAGCUUCACUUUUUUAUUUUUGCCUAUUUUUAAUCAAAAACACUAUUCAGAGUGUGCCAUUACAACGAUUACAAUAAAUGUACAUUCUUGCUUAAUGA